UCAAGAAAUAAAUCUUGUUGUUAUUAAUUCAUUCAUUGAUGAUGUGUCCAGCUAAUAAGACCAUUAUAUUGUUAAAUGCCAAGAGUACAGCUCCGGUACUACUCUUCCUCACUCCUUCUUCUUUAUUAAAGCUACAGCUAAUGCUAUGGGGUUGUAAUUAAUUAAUACCCGGUUCUUCUUAAUAACAUUCCAAUACCCAUCAACUUCUUCUUCCUCCUUUUAAUGCAAUGCCUACACUUCUCAAGCAUCCAAUAGUAAACGGCUGGAUUGUUGAAUUUUAGCCCACCCCUUGAAAUAUACAUACAGUAGCAAUCUUCCAUAUCUGUGAACAUGCAUUUCAAAUCUUUCUCCUUCAACUCCCGGGAAACAAUCAACCCAAGUUUCCACCAUAUAUUGGCCGGAGCUAAGCGAGAUGGUUUGUAUCAAUAUCUGUAUUAUUCUCACAAAAAGUUUCCACCUUUUGGUUCUCACCCUUCUCGUGCUCUUCUCCAUCAAAACAGCAAGUGGCUGUGGAUGUAAUGGCACCGGCGCCGGCGCCGGCGGUGGAAGCAAAUCCAGCCUUAAAACACCUCCCAAGAAUCAUCACCUGGUUUUUGCAGAUCCGAGAAUAGCCAAAGUUUAUCCUGUCAUCCAGAAAUUCAAGAAAACCAUCACCUCUGACCCGUUAGGUGUCACCAAAACUUGGGUCGGCCCAAAUGUCUGCAACUACAAGGGCUUCUUCUGCGAAAGCCCACCUGACAAUAAGUCAGCCAUCGCUCUUGCCUCCGUUGACUUCAACGGCUUCCAUCUCAGAGCCCCGAGCCUCCAUGGAUUUCUUGAUCAGCUACCAGACGUGGCCAUCUUCCACGCAAACUCCAAUCAUUUCUCAGGGAACAUUUCUUCAGAUAUUGCCGCCAAUUUGCCCUACCUUUAUGAGCUUGAUAUUAGUAACAAUAAUUUCUCCGGGGAGUUUCCCGUUUCGAUUCUUGCCGUGAAGACUCUGUCUUUCUUGGACCUUCGUUUCAAUUCUUUCUCCGGCUCUGUCCCGCCGGAGCUUUUCACCAUGGAGCUCGACGCCUUGUUCCUUAACAACAACGAGUUUACCGACGGGCUGCCCGACUUUUAUGCUGCCCGAUAUCACUACCUGUCCUUAGCCAACAACAAGUUCUCCGGUCAGAUCCCGGGCAGCAUCUCGGCGGCAUUGUCGGGGGCUUCCGAGGUUUUGCUCCUUAAUAACACGUUCAGUGGGUGCCUCCCUUAUGAGAUCGGGUUUUCGGAGGACAUUUUGGUCAUUGACGCGAGGAGCAACCGGUUGACCGGACCGUUACCUUUCUCGUUCGGGCAGCUGGAGAAGGCUGAGGUUUUGAGUUUCGCUGGGAACCUGAUGUACGGGAACGUGCCGGAGGAGGUUUGUGGGCUUGGGAAUUUAACGAGUUUGUGUUUGGCGGACAAUUAUUUCAGUAUGAUUGGGCCUGUUUGUAUGGGCCUGAUUGCUAGUGGGGUUCUUGAUGUGAGGAGCAAUUGCAUUCCGGGUCUACCAUUUCAGAGAUCCAUAUACGAUUGUUUAGAUUUCUUUUCUUCUCCAAGAUAUUGUGGUUAAAUAGAUAGAGUGAAAUCAAAAAGAUACCAUGAUGGGGGAUACGUUGGUCUUUUGAUUUGGAAAAUGUUUUGUGUAUAGAUUUUGUAAUAUUUAUGAUACUUUGUUUGGUCACAUUCCAAUAACUGCCACUAUUAAGGAGACCCCUCUUACUCCAUUGAUACUUAUAAAACAUGCUGCUUUGGUUCCAAC